CACUUUCAUUCUCUGCCUGAGAAACAAGCUCACACUCGUCGCCGAGUCCUUCUGUUUACUUGAGGCCUCAAAUUGGCCGAUUCCAGAUACUCAAUCUUUGUAUUAGGGGAUGGAAGAGUCAUACUCUGUUUGUAGUCCCAGAAGAAUCCUGAGUGUGUCAAAGAAGAGGAGGGAGGCAACAGUGUCCUUUGCCAAUCCUGAUACUAAGGCUUCUCGGUUUCAUGGUCCCAAACCUGCUGAAGUUUAUGGCUUUGUGGGUUCUAUCACCACUGUUGUGGCCACAGUUAUUUUUUUAGUGUGGGCAUAUGUGCCGGAGUCUUGGCUACAUUGGAUUGGAAUCUUUUACUACCCCAGCAGAUAUUGGGCAUUGGCUGUGCCAGCUUAUGCAAUGAUGACAGUGGUACUGGCAUUGGUAUUUUACUGUGGCCUCAACUUCAUGUCCACCCCUCCCCCAUCCUCCUUAUAUACAGUAUAUGAUGAGUUUAGUAGAGAUCCUGCAAGCUCUGGUCAAAUGACCAGUGAUGAUCAGCCCAUUGAACCCAUAUCUGAUAUCAGUAUUGACAGAAUUAAUCAUGCCAUGUUUAAAUAACACAAAGCAACCUUGGGGAAUUGUCGACCUGUACCGAACUGAGUUAUUUCCUGAAAGAAUGGUAGUCUAAGAAUUAGUUAAUAGGUCUGACUGAGCAAGAAGAAAUCGAAAAAUACAAAGAGAGCAAGAAUCAUAUUCAUAUUCAUUAGAAAGAGGGUGAGCAUUUUCAGCAAAACAAAGAGGGCCAGAAGGAUUAUCAACAAUACAUAGCCAGCAAGAAGCAUUCUCAACAAGACAAAGAAAGAAGCACGGUCUGCAGCUAUACAAAGAGACCAACAAGCAUUAUCAGUAGUACAAGAGAGAAGCAAGUAUUAUCAGCAUAUGCCUUCUAAAUCGAAUGUUGUUUAUGUGUAAUUACCCUUAGAAACUAAUCAGCCAUGGAAUAGAUAUUGUAUGUAAGGAGAACCAUAAAGCUUGAAUUCCAGUGGUAGGCAAAUGCAGGAAAACUGUCUAGACUAACCAGCUUGGUGGUUGUUAAGUCACUUUAGUGUUCUGUUAAAGCUACUCUGUUUUUUUUUUUUUUCGAUGCAUCAGCUUAGUUACUC